AUGGCGGCUGCGGCAGUGGUAGCUACGCAGGCUGAGGCCUCGGAGUCGUGGUACUUGGCCCUGCUGGGUUUCGCCGAACAUUUCCGGACUUCCAGCCCGCCCAAGAUCCGGCUGUGUGUGCACUGCUUGCAGGCCGUCUUCCAGUUCAAGCCGCCGCAGCGCAUCGAGGCCCGGACUCAUCUGCAGCUCGGCUCCGUCCUAUAUCACCAUACCAAGAACAGCGAGCUGGCCCGGCAGCACCUGGAGAAAGCGUGGGUGAUUUCUCAACAAAUUCCUCAGUUUGAAGAUGUUAAAUUUGAAGCAGCAAGCCUUUUAUCAGAACUGUAUUGCCAGGAGAAUUCCGUGGAUGCAGCAAAGCCUCUCUUGCGUAAGGCAAUCCAAAUCUCCCAACAAACACCCUACUGGCAUUGCAGGCUUCUCUUUCAGCUCGCUCAACUUCAUACCCUUGAGAAAGACUUGGUGUCGGCAUGUGACCUCCUAGGAGUUGGUGCUGAGUAUGCACGUGUGGUGGGCUCAGAGUAUACCAGGGCUUUGUUUCUGCUGAGUAAAGGAAUGCUUUUGCUGAUGGAACGAAAGCUGCAGGAAGUGCAUCCGCUGUUGACUUUGUGUGGGCAGAUUGUGGAGAAUUGGCAGGGUAACCCUAUCCAGAAGGAAUCCCUACGAGUUUUUUUUUCUUAGUUCUUCAAGUGACUCAUUAUUUGGAUGCAGGGCAGGUAAAAAGUGUGAAACCAUGCCUUAAACAACUUCAACAGUGCAUUCAGACCAUUUCAACUCUCCAUGAUGAUGAGAUCCUACCUAGUAAUUCAGCUGACUUGUUCCACUGGCUGCCCAAAGAGCAUAUGUGUGUUUUGGUUUAUUUGGUAACAGUUAUGCACUCCAUGCAGGCAGGCUAUCUUGAGAAGGCUCAGAAAUACACAGAUAAAGCUCUUAUGCAGUUAGAAAAGCUCAAGAUGCUUGACAGUAGCCCAAUCUUGUCCUCCUUCCAAGUCAUUCUGCUUGAACACAUAAUCAUGUGCCGUCUUGUCACAGGCCACAAAGCUACAGCCUUACAAGAGAUAUCUCAAGUCUGUCAGCUAUGUCAGCAGUCACCCCGUCUGUUUUCUAAUCAUGCAGCCCAACUCCACACGUUGUUGGGUUUGUACUGCAUUUCUGUUAACUGUAUGGACAACGCGGAGGCACAGUUCACAACAGCUUUGAGGCUUACCACACAUCAGGAGUUAUGGACUUUUAUAGUAACAAAUCUGGCAAGUGUUUAUAUUCGAGAGGGAAACCGACAUCAAGAGCUUUAUAGUCUACUGGAAAGAAUUAACCCAGACCAUAAUUUCCCAGUUAGCUCACACUGCCUCCGUGCUGCAGCCUUUUACAUCCGUGGAUUAUUCUCGUUCUUCCAAGGCAGAUACAAUGAAGCAAAACGAUUUUUACGAGAAACCUUAAAGAUGUCAAAUGCUGAAGAUCUCAACCGACUUACAGCAUGUUCCUUGGUGCUCCUUGGUCACAUCUUCUAUGUGCUGGGGAAUCACAGGGAGAGCAACAAUAUGGUUGUCCCUGCCAUGCAGCUGGCCAGCAAGAUCCCAGAUAUGUCUGUGCAGCUCUGGUCCUCUGCUCUGCUAAGAGAUCUGAACAAGGCAUGUGGAAACACAAUUGAUGCCCAUGAGGCAGCACAGAUGCACCAAAACUUCUCUCAGCAGCUGCUCCAGGAUCAUAUAGAAGCAUGUAGUCUUCCAGAACACAAUCUCACAACGUGGACAGAUGGAUCACCACCUGUACAAUUUCAGGCUCAGAAUGGACCCACUACCAGCUUGGCUAGUCUUUUGUGA